AUGGACGCCGAAUCGAUCGCGACACAGUUCGUAUCGCCCGGCGCAGUCUCCAAUGAAAGCAUUUUCGACGAAUAUGCUGCCGACCCGCGCUUCCAACAGCUUCAAACCGAGCUGAGGUCGUGGCUGGUCGUGGGGGCGAACCACUGGGAUCAAACUCGCGAAACCAGCCCAUUGUCUCCGGACCCUCUCAGCCUCGCUCCUCGACAUAAGCCCGGGUACCAGUAUCUCUGGGACCAUCUCGAAAACCGGGCGGCGGACCAGAUCCCCCUAGAGUCGAAAAUCAAGUACCUCCACGUCUGGAUCACCGAGUGUGCACCGUGGCUGGACAUGUUCGACACGGAGCGUCAUUUCGGUCUACAGGUGCCCAUCAUUGCGCAGGAGUCAGCGGCCGUCUUUCACGCCCUUUUGGCCCUCGCGGCCCGCACGGCCGAACGGCGAGGAUAUACGAAGGGCUCCCGCGACAGCUUGGAGCUAUACUCGCAGGCCAUUUCCUCGCUCACGUCCUCGCUGAACACAAAGGAUCCCCAUGUGAUGGUCACGGCAUGUCUCCUCUGCGUCCUGGAAAUGAUGAGUGUCAGCCCCCAAGACUGGAGGCGCCACGUCGAAGGCUGCGCUGCCCUCUUUGCCUCGUCCGGCAUCAACGGCUUCUCCGGCGGCUUGUUGCAGGCCGUCUUCUGGUGCUAUGCGCGAAUGGACCUCUGUGGCGCCAUCAUAGCCGACGGCGCCGAGGCGACCAUCCUGCCCAUCAACAAGUGGGCGUUGUUACCCGGCUUGCCAAGCUCCGACCCGGGGACGCCAGAAGCAAUCACGCGCGAGUUCUUGACCAGGGGCCACCAGGUCCCCGACAUGUACGCCAAUUAUGCCGUCUACCUGUGCGCCAAGGUCUGCGACCUCCUCGCCCGCCGCACGAGAUGCGUCGAGUACGGCGAAGACAACGGCUGCGACCGCGACAACUUCGCCCGCGAAUGGGCCGUGCUGUGGACGGAGCUUCAGGAAUGGUACACGCAACGCCGGCCGGAGAUGAUGCCCGUCAAAGCGACCAAGUCCGGGCCCGAGAGCUCCCCCUUCCCCAUGAUCUUCUUCGCUCACUGGGCCGCCAUCUCGAGCAACCAGCUCUACCACACCGCCUGCAUCCUGAUGCUGGAGAUUCGGACUGAGGAGACCUGCGACCGAUUCGACACGGUGUACUCACCCCUGUGGCACGCGCGGCGGGUCGUGGGGAUUUCAUUGACAAACCCGCACCCUGGAUGUAUCAACAACGCGAUCCAACCCCUGCACACGGCAGGCAAGUUCUUCACCCAUCUGGAGGAACAGUCUAUCAUCGUCAAGCUGAUUGACUCGAUCGAAGCACGCACCGGGUGGGGAUCCCGAUGGCGUGUCAAGGAUUUGGAAGCAGUAUGGGGUUAUCGUCGUGGGUUUUUCUCUUCGUGA